UGGCCGCUGGCGGACGGAACUGAAUCGAGCAGAGCUUGUUUCCCGGAUGAGUCGGGCGUGUUUUCCCAGCGCACAGCACACAGACCCAAGCAUGGACGAGACGGCACAGAGAAUACUGGAGCAUUUGACGGAGGUUGAAGUUGCUGCAGAAGAUAUUCUCAGUGACAAACAACAGAUCGUGGAUCUGGAUUCGCGGAGAAACAGAAACCGAGAAGCACUCGGCGCUUUAAGAAACCAUUCCUCUAACGAUCAUGUGAAGGUGUGUUUUGGAAAUAUGUUCAUCAAAUUCCCCCCAGAACGUACCAGAUCCAUGAUCCUUAAAGACCAGGAGCAGCUUGACAAGGAAAUAUCUGACCUCCGCAAACAACUAAAAGCAAAAGUAAAUCGUCUCAAUGACUUGCAAGGUAAGCCUGAACUGAGAGGAUACAACCUUUCUCCUCUGAGCAGUGAUGAGAUUAAAGCAAUCGGCACCCUGCUUAAGAAAUAAUAUUCACUAGCUUCUGGGACUGUCUCGAACCUGAGGGUGACGCUUGGACUGUUACCUGUGCGUCAGAGCAUUGAAGUGUCUGCAGACCACCUGUGACUUUACUAACUCAGCAGAAGAACUUUUUCAUUGACUGCUGGUGACUGGUCUUCAUCAUUCAAUGCUUUUACAUGGAGUUCACGUCCAAGUCCUGCCUGUAUUUUGUGAUGUGAGAACCGAGUAAGCCAGACUAAUGCUAAAAUGCUUGGAUGGGUAUUUCCACAACAUGUAGGCAGUUGUUUGUUACCUUUACAGGUUUGUUAUUAACCGGAAACAA